AUGGAGAAAGCUCUUAAGAAUUGGGGGAAUCGACAUGGUACAUACGUAUUAAGGAAAGUGCAGUCAACAGUUGCAACUCGCACCGAGAGUGAUCAGCCUGGUCAUUAUAUUGAGACCGAGGGGAUUGGUGUAUCAGCUGAGACUGCUCAGUUGAAUCGAGCGUUUGACUGGAGUGAUGAUGAAAAGGUAACAGCAACAGCGACAGCAAGUGAGAGUGUGGCAGUACCCAGCGUAACAGCAACAGCAGGAGACGCUCAGCCAACAGUUGCAACUCGCACCGAGAGUGAUCAGCCUGGUCAUUAUAUUGAGACCGAGGAGAUUGGUGUAUUAGCUGAGACUGCUCAGUUGAAUCCAGCGUUUGACUGGAGCGAUGAUGAAGAGUUAACAGCAACAGCGACAGCAAGCAUAACAGCAACAGCAGGAGACGCUGUAGGCAUACCUGAUGCAACUGCGACAAACGGAGAUGGUGAAAUAGUUCAAGAUAUGACUGCGACGGAAGAAGAACGUGUAGCAGUCCAAGAGAGAUCUGCUGAAGCAGUCAGUCCGGGUAAUAGUGUUGCCGUAGAAGGUGAUAUGGCGGUUGCCAUGAAUGUGCUUAAAACAUCUUACCCACCUUCAGCUGGGAUAUUCAGGAAAGAUUCCAUCAAGGUAAUGAGAGGUGUCGUAAAUUUCUUACAAACCUGGGGUUACCCACUGUUUCUAAAUGUUUACCCUUAUUUCGCCUACGCAAAUAACCCUGCAGAGAUUAGGCUAGACUAUGCAUUGUUCAACACUACUGAUGUUGUUGUUCAAGAUGGACAUCUUCAAUACAACAGUUUGUUUUAUGCUAUGGUUGAUGCAGUGAUUUGGGCUGUGGAGAAAGCAGGAGGACCAGAUGUUGAAAUUGUUGUGAGUGAGACUGGUUGGCCAUCGGCUGGAAAUGGUGACCUAACGACUGCAGAACAUGCUCGGAUGUAUGUCAACAAUUUGAUCGCUACACAAAUGAAAUCAGGGACACCGAAGAGACCACAACACGCUAUGAAGACGCAUAUAUUUUCCAUGUAUAACGAAAAUCUAAAACCUGAAGGAGUUGAAAGAAAUUUUGGAAUUUAUCGACCGGACCUGUCAGAAGUAUAUCAUGUAGACUGGCCUAAAUGGAGUGGGCGCUGUAACUUAGAAAAUAUCUUACACAAGUGA